AUGCUCCCCUUCUUUCCUUUCUAUCGCUUGCUUCUCCUCGUCCUUGCUUGCGGCCGACUUUUCUCCCUUUGUCUUUCGUUCGUCAGUGUAGCUGUGGCCUUGGCUCACAGGCCCGCCACGGUCAUGUUUCAGCGCCUGCGCGACGCAAUCGAUUCUCGGAUCGCAGAGGAACAAGCUCGUCAAAGGUCCGCUCAGAACUCUCUAUCGCGUUCCAACUCCGCUCGUCAUCCCACGGGCCGCAACAUCUCUCCUACCAGGCGGACUUCCCGUCCGCGGCGAAACACUGGGACCCCCGUCCGUGGUCCCGACCCAAACGAAUUCGAGCCGGAAUUCGCCAUCGGAGACGAUGAAGGCUCCAGUAGAUCGGCCACUCCGCGUCUGGAGUCGGCAGGCGGCUCCGAAGCUGCCCCGGAGGAAAAUGGCGGGGAGGGCAAGGCGACUGCCGAGGAGUCCACUGCUAAGAAGCCGGAGGGCCAGCCCGUGACGGAACCGAACCAGUCACCAUCCGAGCUGCCGCCAGAGAUCAGGGUAAAACUGCGGAGGUUAGGCAAACUAGAAUCCCGGUACCAAGGUAAGGAGUGCCGUGAAACGAGUGAUCAGCAAUCUGGUUAA